AUGGAGAUGGUAAGAGAGGUAGAGGCCGAAGAGGCUAGAGUUGAGGCUGCAAGGCGAGCUGCAGAAGCCGCCGAAGAGGAGGCAGCAAAAGAGAAGCCGGUUCGGGAGAAGGGGAAGUCUCCAAACUUCCUAGCUGGGAGGGAGGAGGAGCUGGCCCCAGCCUUGGUAGAGGCUCUCCCUGAGGAAAUCAGAAGUGCCAUCGAGAGCUUUUACAAGUUCUGGACAGAGAGGUGGCAGCUGCAUGCCUCGUCUUGUGAUGCCACAGACUUGACAAGGGCACUGGUGAGCCAAAGCGCCCGAACCUUUCGCCUCGCGCUCGAAUGCAGGGAGGCCUUGAGCGAAUUCCAGACAAGGAUCCACUCCUCGGAGGGGAAGGCUGCCUCCCUUGCAGAGGAGGUUAAAGCUGCUAAGGCCGAGGCCGAAGAAGCCAAAGCCCAGAGGGUUGAAGAAGCGGCGAAGCUUGAGUCUGCUUUGGCCCAAAUUGAGGCCCUAAAGAAGGAAGUAUAUGAGUCACAGUGCGAGAUGGCCUCCUUGACAAAGAAGGUAGAGGUCUCCAAUGAGCACCAAAAGGUGAUUGCUGAGGCGCUUGAGAAGGCGAAUCUCUCUUUGGCCGGUGCUCGAGAUGCCUAUCAGUUUCUCGAAGGCCAGGCGAAGUGGUACAUGAGCGACGCCUCUGUUGCCAGAGAAGAGGCCCGAACUGCAAGGGAGGAGGCGGUGAAGGAAUACAUCGCCAAUUUCCACACUACAGAGGAGUAUAAAAGCUUCAGCUCGUACUGGAGGAACUUCGCCUAUGCCGAAGUGCUGGAGAGGGCAGAGGAGCUCUAUCCCAACUUGGACCUGGCUCAACUUAGGUCUGAAUUUGUGGAUGAGGUACCUCAGACCCCAGCUGAGGAGGUCCAGGGUGAUGAAGAAGUUGAUGCCGAAGCCCCAAGUGCCGAGGCAGAGAAAACAACUACUGAUGCCCAAGUUGCCAAAGCCCCUAUUGCCGAGGCACCUCCGUCAACUAGCCAGGCAUAG